CAAGAAUUAAUCAAUUUACCAGACAGCGAAUAUGAACCACCAGCUUUCCCAGAAGGUCUAGAAAUCCCAAGUUUUAUUCCACAUGACAUAGAAUUCGGACAAAAAUUUCGAGAUGAUCACACACUUCUUGAGCUGACAAAUACAGCAUGAAAGCUAGGCGCUGAAUAACAAAUACCAAUGAAUUCAUAUAAGGUCCCCAGAGACCUUAUUAUUAAAGGGUGAUGAGAAAUACACCCCUGUAAAUUGACAAAAGAAAUCCUGUACAUUUUUAAAUCAUGGAGCGUUUGGCGCAGUUAUGAAAGAAACAUUGGAUUAUGCACAGAAAUGGCAACGGUACACAGAAAGACAGCCCUUGCGAUUUUAUGACCGUGAACUUUUGCCCCACCUUGCUUACGUCACUAGACGUCUGGCCAAAUUUGUUGGAUGUUAUCCGAAGGACCUUUUGUUAAUGAACAAUGCAACUACAGCUAUCAACACAGUGGUGAAGAACAUUGACAUACAGAAAGGAGAUAGAGUCUACUGCUUAAAUGUUACAUAUGGAGCAGUGAAAAAACUACUGAAAUGGAUUUGCCAGCAAAAAGGAGCUGUUUACCAAGAGGAAACCAUUGACUUUCCGCUGAAAGGGCCAAACUCUGUCAUAGAUCUUGUCAAGACAACUCUGCAGCCUGGUACGAAAUUGGCAGUCUUCGACCACAUCCCAAGCAAUGCUCCCUUUAUACUACCAGUGGAAGAACUAAGCAAGAUUUGUCAAGACCGAAACAUUCCAAUUCUGAUUGACGGCGCUCAUGCUUUGGGAUCCAUGAAUCUUCAAUUAAAUCGCUUUAGUCCCGACUAUUAUGUUAGCAAUUGCCAUAAAUGGUUCAGUUGUCCCAAAGGGAGUGCGUUUUUGUAUGUCAAAGAAACCAAGCAACUGCAAAUAAGGCCUCUUGUCGUUUCGCAUGGAUUUGAUUCCGGUUUUAACUCUGAAUUUAUUUGGACAGGGCUACACGAUUAUAGCCCCUAUCUGGCAAUGCAUGUCAUGAUGAACUUUUGGGAGGAUAUAGGCAAGGAGAGAAUCCUUAACUACAUGUAUGAUCUUCGCAAAGAAGCAUGUAAAUAUCUAACCAGGGAAUGGAAGACAGAAUUGCCUAUACCUGAAGAAUGUUUAGGUCCAAUGUCUCUGGUGGAGCUGCCACCAUCUUUAUACAAAUCAUUAAACCAUGUAGAUUAUUCAACGGCUGAACAGAUACAAAACAUUCUGUAUCAUGAAUAUGAUAUUGAGAUAGUUGUAAACAUCAUAAAAAGCCUGUUCAAGAAUCAUUGCUCAAAUUUCAACUGGUGGCCAGGUUUGAAGGUGCCAAUAAAAGCACUUCAAGAAAAACUGUAUGUUAGAAUAUCAGCUCAUCUGUACAACAACUUUGAGGAAUAUGUCAAACUGGCUAAGUCGGUAUUGAAAAUAGCACCUUUAUAAUCGUAUCGUAUUAGUUUUUGUUUAAUGAAAAAGUAAAUAAUCCGAAUAAAAGAUGCUUUAGAGUGUUUAA